AGAAAACUGCUUGGAGAAUAUGGAUCAAAGUAAAAUCUUUUCUAACGAGACCCUGCUGAACUGUACAGCUGUUCCAAGACUGAGAGUGACAGAUGGUAGAUCUUGCAUACCGAUCACAAGGGAAAACUCUUCGCACAGCAUAGUCUAGUGGAUAUAGAUAAAAGCAAAAGGAAAAACAGCCCCACAUUAGAACCAGAACACUGUAAGAAUGCACAGAAGACCAUAAAGCUGCAGCAAUGGGGCAGGAAGCUGGAAAGCCCACAUGGCCAAAGCCGGCAGGAGGGCAUCAAACUAUUACAGGCAGAAGAUAUGGAAGAAGGCAUGCCUAUGUCAAUUUUAGACCAUCUCUGACUAAUCAAGAGAGAAAUUCAAACCAACAUGAUGCAGACUGUGAAGGAUUAGAACUGGAUGAUGUUCAAAAAGAAAAUUCUUUGUGUUCCAGUCCUCUUCCCCAAGUAUGUUCUGCUUUGGCGGAUGUACCAUUGUUUAAGAAUGUGGGAUCAGAAGACCCUUUUAAUCCAACGGAAGUGAGCCAUGCAAUCAACACAGAUACUUCUACUUUUUCUUCAACAUGCUACUAUUUGGGAGAUAGUCAAACUGCGGGUAAUAGCGUAAAUUCUAAUGGCUGUGCAGAGUAUUCUGGAGAGCACAACAGCCUUAAUGACCAGAAUGGAAUUGCUUUUGUAAACAUUGACUCUUACGAGCCAGACAGCAGUGAUGGAGAGGAAGAGGGUGACCAAAAUAGUAUUUCAUUAGCUAAAGAAGAAGCGGGGAUAUUUCAGGAGACACUGGAUAGUAUGCUUUCUGAGUUGGAGAAAGGCGUAGACUCCCUCAGUGAUUUGCAGUCACAUCUGUCCAAUUUCAAUCAUAGUGUUUUGAGCAGAAGUUUUGAAGAUGUAAGACGAGUGCCUUUCAGGAGACAUUCUAGCAUAGAAUCAGAUAUUGCUUACCAAAAUACAACUCUUCUGAAACCAUCUGGAGAAGAAGAAUCUUUACUAGAAAAUAAUUUUAGUACCAGUUGUGACAAGGAACAGGAAAAAAAUAGAGUUGAUCCUACGGUUCGGACACAAGUUCGUAAUGCACUGAGUGCUACCAUUACAAAGGGGGACCAAGAGAAUUCAUCUGAACUGGUGGUAAGACCCAAAGUUAGAAAGCAAAAUCCCAUGAGCCAGUUGGAUAGGAAGCAGUCUCUUACCAAUGAAGAGGAAGAAAGAGCCAGUGCUAGAAGGUGGAGUGAGAAUGUGGAUGUCCAGCAAAACGGUGCAGAAUGUGUCUUGAAACACAGCAAAGAAAAAAAGAAUUCUAGUAUGUUUUUUGACCCAAGAGACUAUGAGGGAACACAGAAAAAAAUACAAAAUGAUAUAUGGAAACAGAAUCUAACUCUUCGAGACAAGAAGAAAGUAGAUGAUAGUGCUUUCUGGGAUGAAUUUGAAGAAUGUGGCAGAAAUCUUCCUAGCUCUAUCAAAGAUGAAGAUGAAGGCAGCUCUGAAUGCAGUGAUGGAGAAUGGUCUGCAUAUCUUCCCUCCUAUUUUGAUGUGACCGUGAAAGAUCAGUCCUCCAGCGAUGAGAGCUGGGAGACUCUUCCGGGAAAAGAGGAACCAGAGCCUGAAGUACAGAGUGACAGUAGUGGCGUGGAAGAAGAACCUAAUGAGUUUAAUUUCCAAGCAGGGGAACAGACCUGUCUGGAGGAUGGUGAAAUUCCUUGGUUGCAAUAUCAUGAAGAUAUUGGAAGUAGCAGUGAUGAAGAAACCGAUCAAGUGAGCCAUUUUGUGCAUCCUAGUAUUUUCAUGUUGGAUGGAAACAACAACCUAGAAGAUGAUUCCAGUAUGAGUGAAGACUUAGAUGUGGAAUGGAGGCUUCUUGAUGAAUUUGGUGAUGGCCUAGGUGUGGCUCAAGCCAUUUCUUAUGUGGAUCCACAGUUCCUUACAUAUGUGGCACUGGAAGAACGAUUGGCACAGGCAAUGGAGGUAACAAGCAUGUUCAUGGAAAUGACUUAUCAGCGUCUCCAGACUGCUCUGGCACAUCUGGAAUCUCUUGCAAUUGAUGUUGAGCAGGCUCAUCCACCAGCUAGUAAAGAAAGCAUAGACUGUCUGCCACAGAUAAUUAUAACAGAAGAUCACAAUGAUAAGGCUGUAGGUCAGGAACAGUGCUGUGCUAUCUGUUGCAGUGAGUACAUCAAGGAAGAAAUUGUAACAGAGCUUCCAUGUCACCAUUAUUUUCAUAAACCUUGUAUAACACUAUGGUUACAAAAGUCAGGAACGUGUCCUGUAUGCCGUCAUGUGCUUGCAUCUGGGCUUCCAGAGGCUGGCACGCCCACAGUCUUGCCUGAUCAAGAUUCUACUCCUUCAGUCCACAGUACUUCGGGGACGCAAUAAAAUGAACACCUGGAAAGAGAAUCUCACCUAUCUAAUUUUACUGUAAAUUGCUCCUGUUCAAUUACAAUGUGAAAUUGGUUCAUAUGUAAGUAUAUAUAAAUAUAAAUAUAUAUAUAUAUAUAUAUAUUAAAAAAACACUUUAAGCUAUAUAUUAGUUUAGAGAGAGAAUGUAUCAGCUUUCUAAAUGGUUUAGGUUUCCAGUUAUCAAGCUGAAAGGUGUAAAAGAGUGCACUAGUUUUCUGCAGUAAAAUAUGCCGAUGUUAACUAGUAUCUAAUUCUUCUAUUAAUUCUGUCUGGGGAAUGAUUAUUAAUGUGGCACUUGUGUUCCGUUUAAUGCAACUGCAGUGCAGUUGGAGCUUACAAAAGAUAUGCAUAUAACCUGUUUUACAUUCUAUAAUAUUUCAGGCUUGGGUUGUUUCCUUUUGUUUAAAAAUAGUGCCACUUAAUUACUUUGUACAUAACUCUUUCAUAUUUGCAUCAAAUGUGAAGAUGUUCUGUGAUCACAGCACUAGUAUACUUUGGUUUCACUGGAAAUAAACAGCAUAAUCAAA